GAACGGACGUGCCGCGCAGAUCUUUUUCAUAUCCCUUUGAGAUGGCGCGGACAUUGAUCUUGGCGCUGGCGGCGGUGACGCUGCAGGUGCUGUUUGCGACGGCGCAGGCGCGGGUUUCGCUCUGGCCGUUGCCUCGGGAUAUGGACAUUUCAAAUGGUGUCCAGCGGGCUGACAACACGUUCUUCUUGUCGCUGACCAACCGUGCUGCGGACGAGAGUAACGCGUUCUCCAAGGCCGUGCAGCACUACAGUCAGAUUCUCAAGGACCAGCUGCCGGCGCCCGAUGACAGCAACAAGGUGGCCCGGGUCACCAACGCCGUCCUGACUGUGACCGAUCCCGACUCCCCCGUGGAUAUGGCACACCUGGAUAGCAGCUACACGCUGCAGCAGGUGGCCGACGAAACCACCAUUCACAUCAAGGCCAACACCACCAUGGGCGCCGUCUAUGCCCUCGAGACCCUGUCUCAGCUCUUGGGCAACGGCACCCUCAACUUUACCACCAUCCACAUUCAGGACUAUGCUUCCUUUGAGCAUCGUGGUCUCGUCUUUGAUGCCGCCUCGCGCUACGCGCCCCCGUCCAUGGUCCGCCAACUCAUCGAGCUCUUGCCCUCGGCGCGCAUCAACUUUCUCUACCUCCGCUUCCUCGAUGAUGCCGCUGUUCGCCUCAAGCUGGCAGCCAGCAGCGAUAUCUUCGGAAACAAUAACGGUGUUUACGACGGCUUUGACAUGCCCGGUCUCGUUGCUUAUGCUGCUCAGUUUGGUGUGAUCUUGGUGCCCGAGAUGAACCUUCCCUUCCACGCCUCGGCUCUGGUGGGCGAUGACGACGUCACGUUUUGCACCGACGAGGACCGCAUCAUUGGCAACACGACCAGCCCUGCUGCCCUAGAAAUGCUGGCUGAGGUUGUGGCCGAUGUGGGAUCCACUUUCAACACCAGUCUGAUCAGCAUUGUGGGUCGUGGAGCCGAUGAUCAAGAGGUAUCGCGACUUGCUCACGAUGGAGACGGGUGCCCACGGCGGCUUAGGCACAAGGGCCAGCCUUACGGCCAGUUUACCCAGCUUGAGCACUUUUCCAUUGGCGUGGCAGCUACCUUUAGCGCUCGGGCGUUUUGCGACGUGGCUGACUGCUAUCCCAAGGACAGCUCGGCUUCCAACUCAUCCCUGCCGACCUACCCCAUCUCUUGGCUCAACGAUCGUCAACAAGACGACGUCUAUACCCAAUCAGUGCUCAACUACCUCUUCCCAACCCUCCACGGCUUUGGUGGCAUGCUCUGGAAUGCCAACACCAACCUUCCUGUCGCCGAGAUUGACUCGCUGCUGGCGAGCCUUUCCACACAUCUUGAGGCGCGUGGACUGCCGACGUGCUCUUGCAUGACAUGCAACUUGUCAACCAGCUGCAACGGCACUUAUACCAAGGUGACUGUUGACGCGCCUGUCUGGCACUUUGGGUUUAUCUUUGGUCUUGCCCUCGUCUGCGUCAUUGCCGUGGCCGUUGCCGGCGUCGAGAUCAACUAUCUCAGUACCCCCAAGUACAAGAGUGGCUAUGCCGAGUUUAACUAGGCAGCGCCUAGUGUUCAUCUGACUCCCUGUCUCGGAGGAUGCUGGUGCCCGAGAUCCUGACAUUCUGGCAUCUUUUUUGGUCCAUGGCCUGUUUUCAAAUGCCAAGUGCAAGGGUUUGCAUUUGGGAAAAAGGAGGGUGUCAUUUUUUUUUUUUUGAAAAUUGGUCGGGUAGCCGAGGUGCAAGUGGUACAGGCACAACACUUUUGUAGCUGCGUCCGUUUUUCUUGUCGCGAAAUUGAAGUAGAGG